AUGUCUAAUUAUCUGGUGAUUUUGCUGCUGACGUCUGGUGGUGUCACCUUGUGUUCACAGAUUUAUCAUGAGCAUCACCUGGUAAACGAGGCUAAGACCUGGGACGAGGCCCGGAGUUACUGCAGGGACAACUACACCGACCUCGCCACCAUUUAUAACUAUGACGACAUGGAGUGGCUGGUGAACAUGACUCCCAGUGUUUUAGGAACUAUCUGGAUCGGUUUGGGAGAGACAGGGCCGGAGUCCUGGGGCUGGUCUGUGGGAGAAACAGGGAUGAGCUACGAAUCGCCUACCUACUCUAACUGGGCCAUUCUCAAUGAAAUUGAGGGGUCCGGUGAGGUGACUUUGGUCCUUCAAAAUAUGACGUGGCAGAUGGCCCAACAGUACUGCCGCCAGCACUACAUGGACUUGGCCAGUGCGAGAAACCCGAGUGAAAACCAAUUAUUACAGCAAGUGUUCAGUAGAGAUGGGUCGCCAGCCUUGGUCUGGAUCGGUUUGUUCAAAGAUAAAUGGAAGUGGACGGACCAGAGCAACAGUUCCUUUAGAUACUGGGCCAGCGGUCAACCAAACAAUGAUGGAGACUGUACAUUGUUCAGCAUCAACGGGUGGUUCGACAGAGGUUGUCAGACAAAGUUUCCCUUCUUCUGCUAUAAUGAAAUAGAACCCUCGGUGAAGCGGAUUGUGAGGUUGAAAAUAAAGUCAGACUCACCCCUUCAAUUCCAGGAUUUUGCUGUGAGCGACGCCAUUUUGAUCGAAAUCCAAAAACAGAUCGAGGGGGCGAAACUUCGGUGGAUCACCAAGCCAGACGGGAGGAUUUUUCACAAUAAACAAGAAGAGAAAGAUAACGACGGCUCCUCUGACAAUUGA